AUUCAACAAGGUUACUUGUUUAUAAAAGGAUUGAUCAUUGGCUAUCCCAACUCUCAACAAACAUCACAAAUUUACAUUUCCAUAGCUAGAGAGAGAAGGAUGGCAGUAUCAUUCGCAGGAAAUGAUGAUGAGAAUGAACCUUUGAUGAAUAUCACUUCAAGUAGUAACUAUCUGACCUAUAAUGACUCUGAUACAAUCGAAGGUGUAGUUGAUUACAGAGGAGCCAAAGUACUGAGUUUCGGAUCAAAAAUUGGUGGUUGGAAAUCAGCUUUUCCCAUAAUUGGAGCUGAAUUUGGAGAGACUAUAGCUUACUAUGGAGUAGCUUCAAAUCUCAUCAGUUAUUUAACUGGUCCUUUAGGCAUGUCCACUGUUGCAGCUGUAGCUAAUAUCAACGCUUGGUGUGGUAUGGUAUGGAUGCUUCCACUUGUUGGAGCCUUUGUUGCAGAUUCUUAUCUUGGUCGGUAUCGUACCAUCUUCUACUCUUCUGUAAUCUAUGUACUGGGACUAGGAUUUCUAACUCUAUCAGCAGUUCUAAAUUCUCUCAUCAGCCCCACCAAAGACGACGCAGUGAAUGGAACCUCUUCUGCUUCUCCUCCUCCUUAUUUAAUCCUGUUUUUCUUUUUAUCAUUGUACCUAAUUGCAAUUGCCAAGGCUGGAUUUAAGCCGUGCGCAGAAGCUUUUGGUGCCGAUCAAUUUGAUGAACGUAAUCCGGAAGAGAGAUCAUCAAAAAGCUCAUUCUUCAAUUGGUGGUAUUUUGGAUUAUGUGUUGGUAGUAGCAUUUCUCAUCUGGUCUUGACCUACAUUCAAGAUAACAUAAGCUGGGUUCUCGGUUUCGCCAUUCCUUGCAUCUGUAUGCUCCUUGGGCUCUUAGUUUUUGUACGCGGAAUGAAAACUUACCGGUUUAGCACAGAUGAUAACAAAGAAAACCCCAUUUUAAGAAUAGCCAGAGUAUACGUUGCAUCUGCAAGGAAUUGGAGAGCUACUUCCCCUAGUACCGAAGUGGAGGAAAGCACUCGUGUUGGCGCUGACCAGUUCAAGUUUCUGGACAAGGCAUUGAUCGAAAUACCAAACUCGGAUCAACUAGGUUCAAACCAACAUGGCACGUCAUGUAGUGUUGAGCAGGUUGAAGAUGCGAAAAUAGUUCUACGCUUGGUUCCUAUAUGGAUUAUAUGUUUAGUAUAUGCAAUGGUAUCUGCUCAAUGCUCAACUUUCUUCACAAAGCAGGCAAGCACCGUGAACAGAAAAAUAGGACAUGGCAUCCAGAUACCACCUGCAGCCCUUUUAAGCGUCAUGUCUUUAUCAAUCAUUAUUUUCAUUCCACUUUAUGACCGAUAUUUUGUUCCUUUAACUCGAGUUUUAACCCAAAAAGAAAAUGGCAUAACAAUGCUCCAGAGAAUUGGUUGCGGCAUAUUUCUAUCUACAUUGGCAAUGGUUCUAGCCGCUUUAGUUGAAAGGAAGAGACUCCAAACUGUUGUUGAUUUCGGAUUAACAGACAAGCCGAAUGAAAUAAUUCCUAUGAGUUUCGCGUGGUUGGUUCCUCAAUAUAUUCUGCUUGGUAUAGCUGAAGUUUUCGCCAUGAUUGGCUUGCAAGAAUUCUUUUACGAUCAAGUGCCAGACGACUUGAGAAGUAUGGGCCUUUCCUUGUACUUGAGCAUUUUUGGCAUAGGGAACUUUCUUAGUAGCUUUCUCAUCUAUGGUAUUGACAAAUUCUCUCGUGGGAGCAGUCAAGGCACCUGGUUUCCUGAUAAUCUAAAUCGAGCUCAUCUCGAUUAUUUUUAUUGGUUCCUAGCUGGACUUAGCGCGUUAAACUUAGUUGUUUACAUGUAUAUUUCAAAGCUUUAUCUCUACAAAAGAGCAGCAACUUUCAUGUGAACCGAUGUGAGAAAAGGAGACUGAAUGGUUGGCGCAACACCAUAUCUAAAUGUGUCAUUGCCAUACUGGGCUUUAAGUAUUAUUUUUUUUUCGAAAUUUGAUCCAUAAAGAAUCUGAUACCGGCGAGUUUCGAACUCAGGUCACCAUCACUGAUAUCAUCACCUAGUGAUUUUAUCACCGUCGGUCUUAAAGAUUCUGUAUAUUUAGUUGAAAUUACUGUGUAUGAAAAUUUAUGAUUUUUAUCAAUAUCUAAUAAUCUUUCUAUCAUAAAAA